AUGUCGCAACCUCCACGGGAAAAUAACCUAUUUAGCCAAGUCCAAAGCACCAUUAGUCAGAGUGAUUAUAAUAUUUACUCCGAUACUUCCGCCCAAAUUAAAAUCCAGCAAUUAGCCAACUUACAAACUGUUAUUCAGCAAAAAGAAGAAGCGGCUCAACAGGAAGAAUAUUUAAAAAAGCAGGCUGAAACACUAGAACAAGCCGAAAAAAUAAAUCAGCAAUUAGAGCAAGCCCGAGCCAACUUAUCUGACCGAAUUCAAGAAGAGAAAAAAGCUAGUUCAGGUUUAGAUAAUAAACUAACUAAAUUACCAACUCCUUCCGAAGAAGAACUAGACUUAUUAAGCCAAUUAUCUUUAACUAUGGAACAAUUUGCUUCUUUGGCUAGUCAAGCCCAGUAUUUAACUCACCAGGAAAAAGAGGAAAUGUUAGAGAAUUUCCCAACUUUUCCACAAGACACAAAAUUACAGUUAAUUAAUUCAGGCUUAAAUAAUUUAGAAAUCAACACCUUGGAAAAGAAAGAGAAAUUUAUUGAGUUAAAUCAGCAACUCCAUAAUGAAAAAGCCAACUUUGGCUUAACUACCCCUGAAAAAGAAAACAUUCUCCGUUUACUAAUUACUAGUUUAGAUUUAAGUCAAGAACAAAGAACUUCCUUAGAACAGAUGGAAGUCAGCUCGGAACAAGCCAAUAGUUUAUUAAGUUUUGGUUGUCAGAAAAUCCAACUAACUGAGGAACAGCAAAUUAACUUAAUAAAUACGGAGCAAUUACGAAACUUUUCUUUAACUGAACCGCAGAAGAAUAUUCUACAAAGUUUAGCCCCAUUAACCCGAGAAGAUAAGUAUUCACCAACAAGCCUAAAUUUAUUAAAGUCUCUUAAUUUAAAACCCAAAUCUUUAUCCUUUUUAGUCAAUGAGGAAAUCUUGCCUAAUCCUAAUUUAGACUUUGGCGAAGUAAAAAGCCCUUAUUUACCGUUAAAAAUCAAACUCUUAGCCGGAGAACAAAAAGCCUUAGAAAAACAAGCGGAAAUUAAGCAAAAACAACUCAAUCAGCAGCAAAUAGAAGAAAAUAAGCAAUCUAUCAUUCUCUCUCUGGCUGAAUUUGCCGAAGCAACUAAGCGAAAAGGAUUAAAAACAGUUCCCAAGUAUAAUUUCUUUGAACUAUUAAUCUUUGCCGUGGAAAACUUCACUAAUACCUCUUUUGCUGAAUUCUUGGUUAGUGUUCCCCAAUUACAGGAAGAUUAUCAAAAGUAUUUAGCCAAUACCAUUCAAUUAACCCCGGAAGAAGUCUUAAAUAACGCUAAUGAAACGGAACUAAGAGAACAAUUUGCUAAGUCACAGGCAAAAGAGUCAAAACAAUCCUCUUCCCGUUAUGAUAACCUAUUUGCUAAUUUAAGUAAGGAAGAAGCGGAACGGGAAAGAAAGAAAUUGGAAAGAGAACAAGCCCGCAAAAAACUAGAAGACCAAGAACGGCAAAGACGGAAAGCCAAAUUAUCUGACAAAGAUAGAAAAUUACAAGAAGAUGCUGAAAGGCGGCAAAAAGAAAAAGAAUUAGCCGAAUUAGAAGACCAAGAACGUGAAGAAGCCAGAUUAGCCAGAGAAAAAGCACUACGCGAAGAACAAGAUGCUUACUUCGCUACUAAAACUAAAAAUCUAGCGGAACGAAAGAAGGCUACCGAACAACUCUUAGCCGAUAAAAAAAAGGAAAAUGAGUUAGAAGAGCAGAAAAAGAAAGACCAAAUUGCUAAGUUAGAAAAAGAAAAUCAGGAAGAACAAGAAAGAUUAAUUAAACAAUCCAACUGA